AUGGCAAAUCUACGCAGCCCACGCGCCCCCCUGCUGUAUGGCGACAUACCGCCAUCCUCCAUUGAGCUUCCUGGGUUUGGAGAGCGCCUGCCGUCCCUGAACAGCAUCCCUGUGCGCGGACCGGAUGGGCGAUUGAUACGCUUUCAGGCAUCCUCACCCCCGCCCCCGUCGAUCAGAGACGCAGCUCUGGUGCCCACGGUGGACCAGUACCAACCAGCAACGAGCCAUGUGUCAGACGUCCGCGUGCGGACGAUGCGCUUCGGCUCAGGGGGUCUGGUUCCUUCACGCCGCCCCGACGAUGACGAAUGGGAUUUCGAGCGUGCUGCGUGGUACAUCAUGAAGGCUCCGGUCUUGGCGGUGGCUGACACGUGCUAUAGCCUGGCGAUCAAGCCUGUGGUCGGGACGGUUCGCAUCUUCGUGGUUCUCCUCGGCGACGUCGUGGGAAUUUUCGAGCUGUAUCUCGUGAUGCCCAUUGGACGUGGGCUUGGUUGCUGUGGACCGAGGAGGCGCCAUCCGGACGAGGAGGAAGGCCUGAUUCAUGCAACCGGCCAUCGCGUUCUGGUGAAGCCGAUUGUGGGGGCGAGCACGGUGCUGACGGACUGGAUAUGGGAUGUUGCUCGCGUCACCGGCGAGUACGUGUUGACACCUUCGGCGCUGCUAGUCUCGGGCGUCAGCAUUGGGGUUGGCGGAGGACUCAUGGCUUUUGGUCAGACGUUGCAGCGAGUGGCGACGAUUCCGCCGUCCCAAACCAGGUAUUUCUGA